GGUAAUAUCAGUGCUCUUCAGUUGACUCCGGUAAAGUCAUAAAGUGUUUCGUUACUAACUUAUUUUAGAGGAGAACUUUUCGUAUUUCUUGCUAUUGAAAUAAAAGAUAAUUACAUAUUUAGAACUCAGAGUAGGCGAGAUAUAAGAAAGAAAAAAUGUGCGGAUAGUACGAAACAAACAAACCUAUUGUCUAUCAUAUGCUAUGUGAUACAACGUAACCUCUCUCUCGAAAAUGAAACAGAUACUGGAUAGAGUACUGCUUAACAGAUGCAUUUAUUUUAUGUUUAAAGAUAGUCAAAGAUUCAAAGGUCAUAGUAAGUGGGAUAAUAUAAGACAUAUAAAGGCCGAAAAAGAUUACGAAAGAAUGUUGCUGUUUAAGAGUCUCAAGUUGCAAAUGAAGGUUGCGAUACAAGAACAUGGUAGUACAAAACCCGAUAAUAAUUUAAAAUUGGCACAAGUUAUUGAAAAUGCUAAGAAAGCAAAUAUGCCCAUAUCCUCAAUAAAAAGUUUCCUGGAAAAAAUGGAAGCAACGAAAAAUAAAAUUCAUGAAGGAAUAGCAGAAAUUCGUGGGCCAAAUGGUUAUGCCAUGCUUAUAUAUUAUAAUACAAAUAAUGUAAAGCAAUUUAAAAUGGACUUAAGAAACAGAUUGAAAAAAUGCAGUGGGAAUGUCGCAGAUUCUUCUGUCAGAAAUAUGUUCACACACAUAGGAAAUAUUAUAGUUGAAAAGAAAAAUACUUUAGAACAGGCCACAGAAGAUGCCAUUGAUAUUGGUGCACAAGAUAUAAAUGAACUUGAAGAGAAUAAUAAACAAUAUUUCCAGUUCACAUGUGAUCCGGAGGAAAUAUUAAAAAUAAAAAAUAUGUUGGAACAUCGUCAAUAUUGUGUGAUUUCAGUAGAAAAAAAUUAUGUGCCUCAUACUAUAAUAAAAUUAAAUGAAUCAGACUUGGAAGCUGUUUCUCACAUCCAUCAAAGGGUUCGAAGUUUAGAAGAUGUUAAUGAAAUAUAUGAUAAUAUAACAUAAAUUAUAAUAAAACAAAUCAUAAAAUAACAUGUAAAAGUUAGUGGCAUUUUGAUGACUUCUUUACAUUAGUAUUUGCUGUUAUC